AAGCCGCCUCGUUUUGCUCCCAGACCGCCUCCUCCCCCCACCGCCGCCACGCGAGGCUGCGGCGCACGGUAUGGGUGUGUUUGUGUGUAUUUGUGUGGGGAGGGCGUUUAUAGGGAAGGCUACCGAGAGCUCCGAGGCCGCUGGGGGGCAGGGAUCCCGGUGACAAAGAUGAGGAUAUUUUCUCUGUCUUCUACUUGGAAACCUCAAUCCCCCUUUCAGGCACCCUAGGCACUUCCUGGGGCCCAACCGAAGGUCGUACCCAUCCAAAGCGGCCCCAUCCUUUCUGGGGAGUGAAACCCAACCCCCGGGGUCCAUCCCAGCGGAGCGUGAGCGAGGAAUGCCCCGGUCAACCGGGCCGUCCGAAUUCCGCGCCGGCGCAGCCUCCGGGCCUCAGUCCGGGAGAGAGAUCUGCCUGUCGAUCUGGGCUGGGGGAAAGGCAGCCGUGGCCUGGGCCACGGGUGAGGGCAGAAUAACCGGUGGGAAGGCUGCGUUUUCACGAAGGACUCGGGUGAAGCUGCAGAGCUGCCUUUGAGCCCUGACUCCUUGGCUUCCUGGGUCGGAGGAGAUCUUGUAAUGGAAUGGUUCUUCGUCUCACACUAACAAGAUGCCUGAUUUCCUCAGGAUCGAGGGAUUGAAGAAUGUCCCGGGUUCCACUGGGGAAAGUCCUCCUGAGGAAUGUCAUCCGGCACACAGAUGCUCACAAUAAGAUUCAGGAGGAAUCAGAUAUGUGGAAAAUAAGAGAACUGGAGAAACAGAUGGAAGAUGAUUACCAUGGAACUAAAAGGAAAAUGUUACCCAGCAGUUCAAGCCGGAUGCGUAGUGAUGGUUUUGAUGAAGAAAGUCAAAGAGGCUAUUGGAGGCCAAAGAAUGACAUUUCUGGGACACUGGAAGAUGAUUUUCUUAAGGCUAAAUCCUGGAACAAGAAGAUGUAUGAUUAUGAGGCUAAUAUGCCAGACAGGUGGGGCCAUAGUGGUUACAAAGAGUUAUACCCUGAAGAAUUUGAAACAGACAGUGAUCAGCAAGAUAUUACCAAUGGAAAAAAAACAUCUCCCCAGGUAAAAUCAUCUACCCAUGAAUCCCGCAAACACAAGAAGUCAAAGAAAUCCCAUAAAAAAAAGCAGAAAAAAAGGUCACAUAAAAAACAGAAGAAAAGCAAAAAAGAAGCUACGGAUAUAACAGCAGAUUCUUCAAGCGAGUUCUCAGAAGAAACUGGGGCUUCUAGUAGCACGAAAAGGAAACAACCACAUAAGCGCAAGAAAAAAUCCAGGAAAAAGUCUCUCAAAAAAUCUGCUUUAUUCUUAGAGGCAGAAAAUGACACUUCCCAGUCAGAUGAUUCAGCAUCCAGCAGUUCUGAGGAAAGUGAGGAAAGAGACACUAAGAAAACCAAAAGGAAAAAGAGAGAGAAAAAAGUCCAUGUCCCUGUAGCUAACAAUGAAAUACAGGAGAGGACAAAUAAACGCACAAAUUGGAAAGUGGCUACAGAUGAAAGGUCUGCUGAGAGCUCAGAGGAUGACUAAAUGGGAAAGGAACAUUCUUAUUUCCCAUGUGACUGGUUAUUUACAGCUCUUACUCCUUGGGGUUUUGCCAGGGACUCCCGUUCAACACAGGGGGCCUGAGGUCAGAGCUGUCUGGUGCCAUCUAUAUAUGUUCUGACAGACUUCUUGUCUUCUAUUUUGGCCUGUUAAACUUGAUCCCCUUUUCUUGUUAAUAGGGAAUCUGGUAUUUUGUUAUGAAGGUUUCUUGAAGAGAUUAUUUUUUGCAAUGAAUCACAUUUAGUGUAGAGCACAUAUACAGCAAAUUAAAGGACCCAGAAAGCUGAAUCCAAUAAUGACCUGGGUAUACCAAUUGGAAUAUUGAAUUUGGGGAAAUAAGGGCUGGGAUCAAGAGGUGGAUUGGAACCAGUACUGUGUAGAAAGGUAUGACAAGGAAACACUAUGUUGCUCUCUUUGUUUAUAUAGCAGAUGUCAUAACUGGCUGGUCUUUAGCCUUGGUGCUUUGAACCUUCUUUAUUUUGACCCCACAGGUAUGGUCCAAUUUGCUUAAUGAGGAAAUGCGCUUAAGAACAGACCUUUCCCCUUCAUGAUAACAUCCAUAGACAACUGUUAUUAGAAGGGACUAGGGUUUUCUCAAAUUUCCCUGCUGGACAGGGUCUCGAGCUACACUUAGUAUGCCCCAAAACAUAGUAAUUGGCUAGUAAAUGGUUUUUUAGUUCUAUUGCUAUAUAUUGCCUAAACAGACUUGUGUUCAAAAUUAUUUCUUCAGAUGACCCUCUACCAAAUGGGGAAGAAUUAGCAAUUAGUCAUGUUGUUAAAAUGGUGCUCUGAACAGGAUUCAGGGCAACAACUGCCAUUUAAAUGUUACCUUCCUUGUUCAUUUCUUAAUCUGUUAAUGAACUUUAAAGUUUUCCCUGAAACUAAGUUGAAUCAUUUCCAAAACGAAACAGGCUUCUCAGGGACAUAUCCACUUCUAUCUUUGGAUUAAAGCACCAAGCAGAGACCACAUUAUUUCCCUUUGCUAUACUGUGAUCCCUACUAUGUUAAUUCUUAAGAAACCAAAAUAUAAAUGAAAGAAGGUUGGCAGAACACAAGUGAAUUUCUUCACUAUGGGAGAAAAGAUCAAGUGACACAUUGUCAUUUUUUUCUGGUUGUCACUUUGUGGGCUAAGUAAAAAUCUUGAAAACUCACACUUUUGGUCUUGGUUCUGCCACCAAUGGGUUAUGAGGAGGUCCAGAGCAGGUAAGUUAACCUCCCUGGCCUUACUUUCCCCAUGUGUUAAUACCGAAUUACUUCAUGGUAGCAUGACAGUAUAAGACACCAGCAAUAGAAUACAACUAUGAUGACAUUCCAUGAAGUGGUAUUUUAUAGUUCUAACUAUUAAAUUUGUUCUCUUUAUGGAACAGAUAUCUAAUAAAGUACUUGGUCUUAUGUGGUUGGCCAGAGGUGCCCUAUCCCUUGACUACGAGCUGGUGCUCCCUUUUGGGAUAUUUAUUUGAAAUAUCAAUACUUUGGUACUCAA